AUGUCCUUACACAACAACAACAACAACAACAACAACAACAACAACAACAACAACAACAACAACAACAACAACAACAACAACAACAACAACAACAACAACAACAACAACAACAACAACAACAACAACAACAACAACAACAACAACAACAACAACAACAACAACAACAACAACAACAACAACAACAACAACAACAACAACAACAACAACAACAACAACAACAACAACAACAACAACAACAACAACAACAACAACAACAACAACAACAACAACAACAACAACAACAACAACAACAACAACAAACGAACAAUGUCGAGAUCCCGUGCAAUCAACCUCGUCUUUCGAGCGCCCGAACAGGCCGAGGGCGCAGGGGCCCGAGUCCGCCGCAGCAUCGGUAGCGCCAAGAAACGCAACUUUUCCCCGUUCCUCAUGUUCGACCACAUGAGCGGCAGCACCGGCGCAGGCUUCCCCGACCACCCACACCGGGGCCAGGAGACAGUGUCCUACAUCCUCAAGGGGGCGGUGGAGCACGAGGACUUCGCGGGAAACAAAGGCAUCCUGCGGGCCGGCGACCUGCAGUUCAUGACGGCGGGGAGGGGCAUCAUGCACUCCGAGCAGCCGCUGCCGGACGACGACGGGACCCCCGGCGCCGGGUUCCAGCUGUGGGUCGACCUCCCGAAGCACCUGAAGAUGUGCGAGCCCAGGUACCGGGACCUGCACGCGAACGAGAUCCCCCACGCUCGGCUCGACGACGGCAGAGUGAACAUCAAGGUCAUCUCGGGCAAGGCCGGCGGCGUCGACUCGGUUAAAGACUUGGCGUACACGCCCGUCUGGUAUCUCGACGUGGAAAUCAAGCCCGGCGGCAGCAUCACCCAGCCGCUGCCGCAGGGAUGGAACGCCUUCGCCUACGUCUUUGAGGGGUCGGCGGUCUUUGGCGCCAAGGGCAGCGGCGGCCGGAGCAGCGCCGACACGUUCGACGCCGUCAUUUUCGAGAGGGAGGGCGACGUCGUCGACAUCGAGGUCCCUGCGUCCGCGGUCGGAGGGGCGCGUCUCGUGUUGAUCGCGGGACAGGUCUUGGACCAGCCGAUCGCGCAACACGGGCCCUUUGUCAUGACCAGCCGGGAAGAGGUGCAGCAGGCCGUCGAAGACUUUUACAUGCACAAGAACGGGUUUGAGCGAGCGAAGGAUUGGAGGAGCGAAAGUUCGAAAAAGAAGGGGAUGAUGUACUGA